AUGCGAUUUACCCUUGGACACUAUUGGUUGCUGCUAGUCGCGAGUACGUUCUUCGUUUGCUGUUUAUGGAAGACCGGAUCGAUCAGUCGUUGGAGUAUGCGUGCAAAAGCUUUGAUCCACUUCGAUCUAUCGAUCCCGUCAUCAUCAUCUUCGUCUUCGUUAUCAUGGACUACCCCGCGGCGUCCUCCCUUGGACAGGAUCGACGCAAGAUUGUCCGCUCGUCGGAAACAUCGGAGCAUCCUGUCUAGAUACAUGCUGCAGCUGUAUCAUCGACGUCCGGACGCCGAUAUCGUUCGCGCGAUUCAGCCGGUGCAUACUUCCGGGCCGCUCCGUGACGGCGGCAGAAUUCUAGAGUUCGCGAUUCCAUCGGUCGACAUCGACGAGACGCUGGAGGCGGCGGAAUUGCUUGGAAUAGCCGGUGCGAUAAUUCGGGUGCGAUCUUUGAACGAUUUGUCGGCGAAAAACGGAAGCAAGAUCUUAAGAUCGAGAAAGGACGACACCUGGCGCGCCUUUGACGUCACGUCCGCCGUCGCCGGUAGAAACAGCGAUGAUAUUGUCCAACUUCAUGUUCAUGGCAGACUGACCUAUCGUCCUUACGGCGACAGUCCGAUCCUCCUAUUGAAUUACAGCAAGAUCAGUGGAAUCCAGCGCCGUCGUCGAUCCGCGGAGGAUCAACAGGAAGAGCAGGAUCAUUGGGACGAGGAGACGCCGCGUAAACGACGUCGGAACGGCUGUCGUCGACGUCCGAUGUACGUGGAUUUUGCCUUGAUCGCCUACGAUGAGUGGGUGGUCGCGCCACCCGGAUACGAGGCUUAUCAGUGCUCCGGCAAGUGUUAUUUUCCGUUUGGCGAUCAUCUUAGUCCGACCAAGCACGCGAUAGUGCAGACGUUGAUACAUGGCGCUCUUCAAGCUAGCGAGGAUCUCGGCGGCAACAAAUUCGUUGGCAGAGCUUGUUGCGUACCCACCAGAUUGGCACCUACGAGUCUGCUCUAUCUGGACGCCAGCGGUACUUUGACCUACGAAUACGGCUACGAAGACAUGGUCGUCUCUGAAUGUGGUUGUCGCUAAUAAAUAGCAUGAUGAGGUUGCAUGCGACGAAGAUCUGCUGCUUCACCGUGGUAAUCGGCUGGCUGAGCCUCAUGCACAACGAUACCGGUCCAGAAAAGUCUACGUCGGUGGACAAUUCGAGUUUGGGCUCCAUCGCCAUCGAGAAUUCCGCCUUACUCUGCACGAAAUUUGAGUGCACCCU